CCGAGAGCACCGAUGACAUCACGAGCAGCCCGGACCAACCAGUAUGUUGAAUCAUCUCCUUCUGGACUCUGUGUUUCUCUGGCGCUUCACUUUCCUGCUUACCUGAUGAACUUGUGGAUACAGCUAACAAGAGAAAUGUUCACCGUGGCGAGCACUCUCUGACGGAGGCCACACUCUAAGGUGGAGGAGGCUGUAAAGAGGCCCUCAAAGAGCCUCCCACCCUCCCUACCUGACCAGCAGGACGCAUCGGACAGCCAUGGCUCCUCGGAAACGCACCGGCAGUGGCCGCGGUGGCCUCUCCUUCAUCUUCUGCUGUUUUAACCGCAACGAUCAUCCGGAGAUCACCUACAGGCUCCGGGAGGACUUUGCCCUACAGACCAUGGAGCCGGCACUGCCGAUGCCAGGAUAUGACGAGCUGGAUGGCAUGUUUUCCGAGUUGGUGGAUGAGCUGGACCUUACAGAGAAACACAGGGAAGCCAUGUUCGCCCUGCCUGCAGAGAAGAAAUGGCAAAUCUACUGUAGCAAGAAGAAGGAACAAGAAGAAAACAAAAGUGCAACCAGUUGGCCAGAAUACUACAUUGAUCAGCUCAAUUCAAUGGCAGCUAGAAAGACGCUCCUCGCUCUGGAGAAAGAAGAUGAGGAAGAGAGGAACAAAACCAUUGAGAGCUUGAAGACGGCUCUGAGGACACAACCUAUGAGGUUCGUGACUCGUUUUAUCGACCUGGACGGCCUGACGUGCAUCCUAAACUUCCUGAAGAGCAUGGACUACGAGACCACAGAGUCACAGAUCCACACGUCUCUGAUCGGCUGCAUCAAAGCUCUGAUGAACAACUCGCAGGGCCGCGCCCACGUCCUCUCUCACUCCGAGAGCAUCAACAUCAUCGCACAGAGCCUGGCCACAGAGAACAUCAAGACCAAGGUGGCGGUGCUAGAGAUCAUGGGUGCUGUGUGUCUGGUGCCUGGUGGGCACAAAAAGAUCUUGGAGGCUAUGCUGCACUACCAACGCUUCGCCUGUGAGAGGACGCGAUUUCAGACACUUAUAAACGAUCUGGACCGGAGUACGGGGCGAUACAGAGAUGAGGUCAACCUGAAAACAGCCAUCAUGUCGUUUAUAAAUGCUGUGCUGAGUCAAGGCGCUGGAGAGACAAGUUUGGAAUUCCGUAUCCACCUACGGUAUGAGUUUCUCAUGUUGGGGAUCCAACCUGUGAUCGACAAGCUUCGUUCUCAUGACAACUCCACAUUAGACAGGCAUUUAGACUACUUUGAGAUGCUGCGGAACGAGGACGAGCUGGCUUUGUCAAAACGAUAUGAGACGGUACAUAUAGACACGAAAAGUGCCACCCAAGUUUUUGACCUCAUCCGCAAGAAGAUGAACCACACCGAUGCAUACCCGCACUUUAUGUCUGUCCUGCACCACUGUCUCCUCAUGCCACACAAGAGGAGCGGUAACACUGUGCAGUACUGGCUGCUGUUGGACCGUAUUGUCCAGCAGAUGGUCUUGCAGAAUGACAAAGGUCACGACCCCGACGUCACACCACUGGAGAAUUUUAACGUGAAGAACGUUGUCCGGAUGCUGGUCAAUGAAAAUGAGGUCAAACAGUGGAAAGAGCAGGCAGAGAAAAUGAGAAAAGAGCACCACGAGCUGCAGCAGAAGUUUGAAAAGAAGGAGCGUGAAUGUGACGCAAAGACUCAAGAGAAAGAGGACAUGAUGCAGACGCUCAACAAGAUGAAAGAGAAGCUGGAAAAGGAGAGCACCGAGCACAAGAAUGUCAAACAGCAAGUGGCCGAACUCACUGCCCAACUGCAUGAACUCAGCACUAGACAGGCAGCUGUUGUUCCUGGAGGACCUCCCCUCCCCCCCGGGCCCGGUGGCCCUCUGCCUCCUCCACCCACACCUGCUUUUGCAGGUAUGGGUCCACCUCCCCCGCCGCCACCUUCUGGGGGCAUGAUGCCUCCUCCACCUCCCCCACCCCCUCCUCCAGGUGGACCACUGCCUCCUGCUGGACGCCCACCCUUCGGGGGUAUCCCCCCCCCUCCAGGAGCACCCCUAGGACCGUCCCUGAAGACAAAGAACAUUCCCCAGCCAGCCAAUCCGCUCAAAUCCUUCAACUGGUCCAAAUUAGCUGAGAACAAACUGGAGGGCACUGUGUGGAUGGAGGUGGACGAUGCCAAGGUUUUCAAAAUCCUGGAUCUGGAUGACAUUGAAAAGACCUUCUCAGCCUAUCAGAGACAGCAGAAAGAGGCAGAGGACGACACGCUGAGCUCUAAAAAAGUCAAGGAGCUGUCACUCAUUGAUGGCCGUCGAGCUCAAAACUGCAACAUCCUCCUCUCGCGGCUGAAGCUUUCAAACGAGGAGAUCAAGAGAGCCAUUCUAACCAUGGACGAACAGGAGGACCUUCCCAAAGACAUGCUGGAGCAGCUGCUGAAGUUCAUCCCAGAGAAGAGCGAUGUGGAUCUUCUGGAGGAGCACAAACAUGAGCUCGACCGAAUGGCAAAACCAGACCGCUUCCUCUAUGAAAUGAGCAGAAUAAACCACUACCAGCAGAGGCUGCAGUCUCUAUAUUUCAAAAAGAAGUUUGCAGAGAGGAUAGCUGAGAUCAAACCCAAAGUUGAAGCUCUGGCCAAGGCGUCUAAGGAGAUUUUACACAGCAGAAACCUGAAGCAGCUGCUGGAGGUGGUGCUGGCCUUUGGAAACUUCAUGAACAAGGGUCAGAGGGGGAACGCUUACGGCUUCAAAGUGUCUUCACUCAACAAGAUUGCUGAUACCAAAUCCAGUAUCGACAAAAACAUCACUCUCCUGCACUACCUGAUCACCAUCCUGGAGAAGAAAUACCCCAAAGUCCUGAUGUUCCAGGAGGACCUGCAGAGUAUCUCAGUGGCAGCCAAAGUCAACAUGACUGAGCUGGAAAAAGAUAUUGGCAACCUGCGCAGCGGCUUGAAAAGUGUGGAGAGCGAGCUGGAAUACCAGAAGAAUCGACCGCAGGAGCUGGGCGACAAGUUUGUGUCGGUGGUGAGUCAGUUCAUCACCGUGGCCAGCUUCAGCUUCUCCGACGUGGAGGACUCUCUCACGGAGGCCAAGGAACUGUUCCUGAGGGCAGUAAAGCACUUUGGUGAGGAUGCCAAUAAGAUGCAGCCAGAUGAGUUCUUUGGCAUCUUUGACCAGUUCCUGCAGUCGUUCGGUGAGGCUCAGCAGGAGAACGAGAACAUACGAAAACGCAAAGAGGAGGAGGAGCGCAGGGCCAAAAUGGAAGCUCAACUGAAAGAGCAGAGGGAGAAGGAGCGAAAGGCCCGGAAAGCGAAGGCCAACGGUGAGGACGACGGAGGCGAGUUUGAUGACUUGGUGUCAGCGCUGCGAUCAGGCGAGGUCUUCGACAAGGACUUGUCCAAGAUGAAACGCAACCGCAAGCGCAUCAACAGCCAGACCACAGACUCAAGCAGAGAGCGACCGGUCACAAAGCUCAACUUCUAAGUGGGGUUGAGGUCAUCUUCUCCCCACCCCACCCACCCCUUAGUUUGCCUUGGGUCAAACUGACAUGCACAUUCCUCUGCACCCUCCUCCAUUCCCACCCAGCUCGGCUUCACCGCUGCAGAACCACCCACAGCACGUUUAGAUCUUUCAUCCUCUGAGAGUUUGAUGUGGAACAGAAGCCAAAAGUUGUUGUUAACGACCAAAUCGGAUCGUUCCCGCUGGAGGAUCAGUUUGGUCAAAUGAAAUGUUUUAAGAAGCUGUUUUUCCCCACCGGAGAAAGGUUCCCUUCCAGGUGUAAGACAUGCGUUUGAUUACAGGCUGUCUGAUAGAAACUAUUCUGUGCUGUUUUUGUACGUCAGAAUCUAUGCACAGAGUGAAAUGUGCAGCUAGUAAGACUCCUUCAGGGCUUGAUGCUCGAUCCAAACAGGAAGAUGAUUCCAUUAAAAACACAAGGGGCCAUUUUGUAUGGACUGAUUUCAUAGAUUGAGAGGGGCUGCUUUCACACGCCUGAAUUGUCCAAGAGAUCAUUUUCAGAGAAAGACUGGAUCCGAACUUCCUCUGGACGCUACCGUUCUCUUGCAGUCAGAACCAUCACAAGACUGAGACGCAGCGUUGUUAGACAGACGUGGUUUUGACUGCAAGGGGCGCAGCUGAGAGGCAGGUUUCUUUUCUAUUCAUCAUUGACGUGCAGCAUUUAUAUAUCUGAUCACUGUAUGUUUUAUUUGAACCUUUUCCCUGUUAAGAGCUGGCCUUAACUCUGUUGAUUUUAACUGUUGAAAGGGUACUUUCAAAGGCCUGGGCCUAAUCCCCAAUUUCUCAAUAAGUGUGGAAACUCAUGUCAUAGAUUACAUAUAUCUAUAUAUAAGGUUGUUACACAUGCACAUAUAAAUUCAUAAUUACUAUGCUAAAUGCCAUUAAAACCAUACCCAAUCAAUGCAAUACACUUGUUUUUUUCCCAUCUGAAGGGAGUUCCCUCCUUUACGUUUUUACUGAAAAGAUGAAAUGUUUUCUUUACACUGGCUGGAUUCACACCGCGAAACAAAACAAGAAACCAAACCCUGAUUUUAAACUCUGUGAUCCACAUGUGAUGUUUUCAUUCUUGUAGAAAACGUCACAUGUGGAAGUAAAAACCCUUGAUUUUAAUUUGUCCCCUUGGCUGCGUCAAUCCAUCCAGUGUCAAACACCAACGUUGGACUUUUAUAAUUUAAAUAUUGCCUUCCAUUGUACAACGACCUGAUGAUAAUAAAUGGGAGAAAACA